AAAAACUAAGAGUCGGUCACUUUAAUUUGUGUGGCCGUGCCGCAUCUGGUGUAAAUGAGCCUUAACAGUCAACAAGAAACAACUACCACUGAUAGAGAUCGAAGGUAUCAACAGCAUCAACAACGUCGGCAUCAUAAUGAGACUACGGUGGCGACGAUGGCUGCUGGUGUUUGCCACGACUGCUGUCUUCGUGAUCGUGUACCGCGCCAAUCACUCCUGGAGGCCAGACGACCAGAAACCAGACGUCCUCAGAGAGAUGCAAGUGUACGAUAACUUCGCCGAACUGUCGCAGGAAUAUCAAAAACAUAGAACUCAAGAACAGACCGAAACAAAGAAACCGACAGACCAAGUAUCAGAAUGGUUUAAGAGCGUCUUGAAACCGUAUGUCGUUGCUGGAGAAACAAAGAUGGAUAUAGAAAAGUCAAGACAAGUUCUACUUAAUCAAAACAGUCAAACGAAGUCCGUGAAAUUACAGCAUACAGCAAAAAAGAUCGAUUAUAUUAAUAAAGAAACUGUUGUUAAAAUUCCAGAUGAUAUUCUUGCAAUGGAACCUCCGCAAUAUUUGCCCAACUACAAGAAUCCUUGCUGGUACCAGGGUAACACCACCACAGUGAGUUUGCGUUGUCUCCCCUACUUCCAGCUGAUUGGUGUGGACAAGAGCGGCACCACUGACCUCUGGUUCCGAUUGGUUCAACAUCCGCAGGUCCUACAACUUAACGGGGUGCUCGGCAAAGAAACACACUGGUGGUCGUGGAGACGUUUCGGAUUUGACAUCUGGGUUCGGAAUGCUAAAAUUAGGUCGUUCGAAUGGUAUCUACAAGCGUUUGACAGACCAGCGCAAAAGAUAGAAUCCACAAUAGAAAACAAUGGUAACAUUUCCGGUUACCAUCCAUUAAUUACUGGUGAAGGCAGCCCCACUGUGUUUUGGGAUCUGACGGGAUGGGACAUGUUUCCUCAGAACAGAAAUCUAAAACCGGAAGACGCCUAUCUGACCCCCCACUGCAUCCAUCACUUAACACCAUCUACGAAAUUCAUUGUUAUAUUCAGAAAUCCAACUGAAAGACUGUACUCCGACUACUUAUUCCUGGCACGGUUUCGAAACGAGAAAGAAAAACUGACGCCCGAAACCUUCAACUAUGCUGUGAUCAGGUCCAUUAAAAUGUUACAGGAUUGCAGAGCCAUUCACACCAUCAAGAGCUGUCUCUAUAACAAAACACUGCACAUGCACAUGCCGAGUCGGAUAAUGGUUGGAAUGUAUGCAGUGUAUUUAAAGGAAUGGUAUAAGGUGUUUCCCAAGAGCCAGAUUCUGGUGCUGAGAAACGAGGAUUAUUCCAAGGAUAUCCUUGGUCACAUCACUAAGGUCUACAACUUCCUAGGACUCCAGGAGUUACAAUCACAGACCGUCCAGAGAAUAGCCAGUUUGAAAAGACAGUUCACCAGGUCAGAGAAGGAUCUCUCUGUGGGCCCAAUGUGGAAUCAAACACGGACCGUGUUAAAUCUCUUUUAUAAAGAAUAUAACACUGAACUGGCUAGUUUUUUGGAAGACAAAAGAUUUUUGUGGAAUGAACUUAUGUGAAUAAGAAUUCAGUAUUAUGGGUGUUGUUUGUAUAUUUUUAAUAAGACAAAACGAAAUGGAAGAAUGAACUGAAUAUGGUAAAUUAAUUGAUGGAUGGAAUGAAGGACGAACGGACGACUCAGUACUGAUGUAUUCUUCAUAACACCCUAGCGUUUUUAUUUGAAUGGAUAAACAAAUGGAUCAACGGACAAACAGAACAGCCUUGUUUCUUCAAUGACUUCAGUUAUGUUGGUUACGAAUUAGAACAUGAAAGCAGAAUAAGAAACGUUUUUAAAAUCAAACAAAAGCAAUGUCCUAUUUCAUGUGGAAUAUCUUCAAUUAAAAAAGAUUAUGGA